CGGGAAGAACCGGAAUCAGCAGCUGUUUGUUGUGUCUGUUCUUCAUCCUCAUGAUGACAGGAAGCUCUGAUGCUUGGAGAAGAAGAAGACGAAGACGGGCUCCCCCGCCACCUCCCCCCGACACAACUGCACCAACGUUCACUUAUUGUCCAAAUGCGAUUGGUAAUCAGUACACCACCACGACGUCGAUGACGGUCCCGUGGAGAACCCCGACUGCAACCGACGAUAGAGGCUCAGCUACUGUAUCUAUAACGUCUGGUUCGGGUCCUGGUUCGACUUUCGCAGCGGGUUCUCGUUCUACAAUAUACACUGCCCGAGACAGCGCCGGGAAUCAAGCAACUUGUACCGUAUCCUUUACGGUCAUUGUCAUUAGAUGCUCUUCAUUGAGUCGCCCUGCCCACGGUUCUGUAUCUUGUUCAAACUCUGCUAAUGUUGGUUCCCGCUGUACUUACUCUUGCUCGACGGGAUACCGGACAUCAGGGGGAUCUGUGACAAGAGUUUGUAUAAGGUCUGGGAAUUCCGGUACUUGGAGUGGAUCUGUCGCUGCGUGUGUCCGUAUAUCAUGUCUUGGCCCCCUCUCCAGUCCGUCCAAUGGCCAAAUCAGUUGCUCUGACAGCAGUAACUACAACAGUCUCUGCAGCGUAUCCUGCAACGAGGGAUACACUCUUCAUGGCAGCUCUUCACGUUCAUGUGGAGUAUCAGGAAUUUGGUCAGGCUCCAACCCUUCCUGUGCAGAUACCACUGCACCUGUCUUCACUAGAUGCCCCCCAUCCCAGACUGUCUAUGCCCCCUCACUGUCCUCAAGUGCAACGAUCAGUUGGUCAGCACCAACUGUAUCCGAUAACUCGGGAGAAUCCAUCACCCCCCGUCUUGACCGUGGGUCAACUGCACCAGGAACUUCUCGUCCAGCAGGCACCCAUGCUGUAGCUUAUGUUGCUGUGGAUAGCUCAGGAAAUGAAGCCUCCUGUCGAUUCUCUGUCACUGUUGCAGUUAUCCGCUGCAGCAGUCUCUCUGCUUCUGCUCCACUCCAAGUGGCCUGUCCAAACGGUGCAAUAAGAGGCUCUGUCUGUACGUACGGCUGUGGUGUCGGAUACAGGCUCCGGGGUCAAAGGUCAACGGAAUGCCAGAAGAGUGGUUCAGCCGGUUCAUGGAGUCAGCCACCGCCAACCUGUCAGAUCCUGCAGUGUCCAAGCAUGGUUGCUCCUAGCCAUGGCAGAAUCAUAGGAGCUUGCUCAAGGAACUACGGCUCCAGGUGUAACUUUGCAUGUGACACAGGCUAUGAGAUAAGCAACAGUGCUCAGCAGUGCAGUGCCCAAGCAGGAAGUACUGAUGCCAUCUGGGUAGGGUCGACGCCCACAUGCACAAGAAUCUAUUGCAGGAAGCCUAGCCUCACCACGGCUCUUCAGAUCACCACCACCCAGGCCUGCCCCUAUGGAAACCAGGUACCAUCUGGCAAUCAGUGUCACUUCUCCUGCAGCGCUGGGUACUACCUCACUGGGUAUGCUGCCCUCACAUGUCAGCAUGAUCGAACCUGGAAUCGAGCCACACCGACGUGUCGCUUAAUAACCUGUUCAGGGAGUGACCUUCCUGCCCCAGUCAAUGGAGAGAAGCGUGGAUGUUCCUCUUCCCGUGAGAACUACGGCGCGGUCUGCACCUUGGCGUGCAAUGUGGGGUACCUACCAGCCACGCCUAUUCAGAGGACCUGCUCCGACGAUGGUAACGGUGAUGGGAGCGGAGUCUGGGCAGGACCUGAUCUGACUUGUACAAUUGUGACCUGCCCCGUGCCUGCCACACCCAGCAACGGCCGAGUGACUGGAUGCCUUUACGGAGGAUCACCACAGGGGAUAGAUGGGAGGCAGAAGUACAGCACGGCCUGUAGUAUGGUAUGCUCUCAAGGAUUCACCAAGACUGGAGGGUCAGCAAGGAGGGUGUGUCAGGCAACCGGACAGUGGGAUGGUCAGCAGAUUGUUUGUGAAGAUACCACUCUUCCUGUCUUUGUGUGUCCAUCCAACAAGCGACUGUUUGCAGGAGAGGACAGCACUUCUGCCCCUGUGCCAUGGAGUGACUGGGAACCAGUUAUGGGUACUGACCGAGGCUCCCCUCUGCAAGCUACUAUGUACACAGUAGACUCAGUAGAAGUGGGCGCUGCCAAACCAACCUCCCUACUGGAAGGCACUCACAGGGUUGCGUACCGGGGCACAGACCUUGCAGGACAAUCGACCACAUGCUCCUUUGAAAUUGAAGUAAAAGUAUCCCGUUGCGCACCCAUCCACAUCCCUGAGCACGGUUCAGUAUCCCUCGUCUCUGGGACAGGCCGUUGUGAAGAAGGGCCUGUCUUUGGGGCAGACUGCCGCGUGGCAUGUGAGGCGGGCUACCGACUGUCGUCAGAUACCGAUCAUGCCGACAGAGUUUGCCAACGGCUCACCGACACAUCGCAAUCUGGCUUCUGGACAGGGCAAAACGAGAUAUGCAAUGUGAAGAAUUGCACCGUUCCAACUGUCACCAAUGGUCUCGCCGAAGACUGCUCAAGGCCCAAAGUCUCUUAUCGAACAAUAUGCCACUUUCACUGUCGACCAGGGUUUAUGGCGCCCUCUACUGUUGAGACUGUGAGUCGGACAUGUCGGGCAGACGAGGCUUGGAGCGGACAAGAUCUUCAGUGCACAGUUACCAAGACCUGUCCUGCCUCAUUUGAUGUGGCCCAUGGGGGUGUCGACCCACCCGAGUGUGAGUCAGCAGAUGCUGUACGGUUCAGUACUAGGUGUGAGUUCUCCUGUGAUGAGGGUUACCAGAUACAGGGUCCCACUGCUCUUGCCUGCAGCACGGAGGGAGAGUGGAACCAUGAGGUGGUUCCACAUUGCAAAGAUAUCCAGCCGCCAUCCUUCAGUGGACCUUGCCCUCAUCAGGUUACUGUAGCUGCAGAACCAGGAACUUUAGAGGCCCACGUACAUUUUGAGGAACCUGUUCCUACUGAUAAUUCUGGCCAUGUGAAUCUCACCAGCCUUGCUCCAACUCAUGUCCCAGGGAGCAUCUUCCAGGAAGGUGAUACUAACAUUGGUUAUCUAGCAACAGACUCCAGUGGGUUAGCUUCCAGAUGUGAUGUAGUGAUAACUGUACAAGUGUACAGAUGCCCUCCUGAGCAACCUCCCCUCCAUGGGAAGGUAGAAGGAUGCCCUGAUCCCUUCCAUGGGAGCCAAUGUCAAUACUCCUGCGACGUAGGUUAUGACUUGAUUGGCGAAGAUACUUUGUCAUGUGACUUGUCACCUGACACCACCCCUGUAUGGAGUCAUGACAGGCCAGUUUGUCAGAUUCGGACAUGUCCGGCACUGGUCAUUCAAGCUCCAGCCACACUGACAGGGUGUGGUCAGUCGGAGAAUGUCCCUUAUGGGUCAAUCUGUAUCUUCCACUGUCCAUUUGGUUAUGAGGGUGUAGGAGAGAGUGAUAAGAGAUGUCAGGCAGAUAGGACCUGGAGUACCACAGAUUUCACCUGCAGUCGUAAAUCCUGUCCAGCACUAGUGGAGACGGCCUGGAUUUCCAUUCGACCAGAGUCCUGUCUGUCUAACCCACGCUUUGAGGAUACAUGUAACCUUGCAUGUAGGACUACAGGAUACGAGAUCAGCCCUUCCAGUCUAAGCGAGACUACGUGUUCUGGGAACCAGACUUGGACUCAAGAUGUAGGCCAGGCCCAGUGUGUAGAUAUUGAAGCCCCAACCUUUGAUGAAUGCCCCGCAGACAUCGUAGCAUACACAGAGAGGGGCUUGAACCAGACUCAUGUCCAGUGGUUGGUCCAAUCAUCAGAUAACUGUGGCAGUGACCCUCGUGUGACCUGUGACCUCAAUGCAGGGGUCAUAACCUCUGGCACCUAUACAGUGACCUGUACAGCCAGAGAUGGGACAGGGAAUGAGAACAUCUGCAGGUUUUUAAUCGAUGUUAUUGUACGUCAAUGUCCCCAAGCAUUUGAGCCUCCUAUGUUUGGAACAAUGACUGGACCUUGUGACCUGUCACAUGGUUCUGUGUGUCACCUGACCUGUUUGGUUGGUUACUCUCUGGUUGGUUCGGCAGAAGCAAGCUGUGAGUUUAACGGCACAGAUAUGUACUGGAACACAGAGGAGGAACCUUACUGUCAAGUUAUUGGGUGUGACCCUCUGGUGCUAGACUCCAGCGUUUCUAUUUCUCCACCUUCCUGUGGGUCAUCUGAGAAAGUGCAUUCUGGGACAAAUUGCAUGCUUCAUUGUGAUCUUGACCUGACCCUAGUAGGGGGGCUUGAAUCUAUGACCUGCCUAGACUCUGGUCAGUGGAGCAGUGGUUUGGACGUUAGUGGUCAAUCAAGAUGUCUAGAUCUUGCAGCUCCGACACUCACUUCCUGUCCCUCCCAGCCCAUCAUGGCCGUGCGCACUGAAUUCUGGGGAGUUGAAGUGACCUUUGACCUUCCUGCAGCAGUAGAUAAUAUUGAUAAUGACCUCGGAGUGUCAACGUACCCCAUUGACCUCACUACACCUUACAACUUCACUGCUGACACCACUUGUAGUUUUACCUUCAGUGAUCAGUCAAACAACACAGCUUUGUGUGUGUUUCAAGUUUAUGUGACUAAUGAAGUUCAACCAGUCGUCCAGUUUUGCCCGCCGGAUCAAAACAUCACAACCUUGACUAAGAUGACAGAGGUCGAAUGGGAUGACCCUGUCUUCCUAGCUCCUCCAGGGAUUGAUAUCAUUGAGACCUGUAACUAUGGAAACAACCCCGCCCUAUUACCCUGGGGUCAUCAUGUGAUCCUUUAUCAAGCUAGUGAUAGCAGGAAUGGAUUGAAGGCUGAAUGUGAUAUCAAUGUGGAUAUCAAACCUGUUUCUUGUCAUAAUCUCCACAUCCCUGCACAUGGUGCACUGGCCUGUGAUGAUGGCUUUGCCUACGGGCGCUACUGUACCAUGGUUUGCAACGAGGGCUACGAUGUUCCCCGUUUGAGAUCGAUGGAAUCACCCAAGAAGCUCUUCAUCUGUGGCUCCUCUGGAGUUUGGUAUCCUCACGCUAAUGUUCCUGAUUGCUCUCAACGUCGCAAGCCCAGGCGUAUGAACCUUCCACUCAGCAUGAUGUAUUUUGAAGGAAAGUGUGGUGCGGGUGAGAACCAGACGAUUCAUGACAUCUCAGAGAAGUUUGUGAGCAUCAUCAGCAACACAAACUUUGCUGCAAUCUGCGCCAAGAACCAACUUUGCAAGGUCGACCAUAUCAGGGUGACGUGUGGACCAGGGAACGAUCGUCGAAAACGAGAUGUCAGCUCAGAGAGGCUGGGAGAGGAGACCAGAAGAAGUGGCAUCGCUGCGGUAUCCAUGGUCCUGAGUAUGGCAUUAGGUGAGGAUCAACAUGAUAGUAAUGAAAGCCAGGCAGAGAUCAUGUACAAACUGGCAAAACACAUCCAUCACCACACCAAGGAUAGUCUACUCGGUGGCAGCGGUGGGAUAUCUCAGGAACCAAGUGAAGAGAACCAAGCUGGUCCUCUAAAUGGUGGCAGGAGUGGGAUAUCUCAGGGACCAAGUGAAGAGAACCAAGCUGGUCCUCUAGAUGGUGGCAGCAGUGGGAUAUCUCAUGAAUCAAGUGAAGAGAAUCAAGCUGGUCCUCUAGAUGGUGGCAGCAGUGGGAUAUCUCAGGAACCAAGUGAAGAGAACCAAGUUGGUCCUCUAUAUGGUGGCAGGAGUGGGAUAUCUCAGGGACCAAGUGAAGAGAACCAAGCUGGUCCUCUUUAUGGUGUCAGGAGUGGGAUCGAAAGGACACCAAUUGAAGAGCAGCAGACUGCAGGCAUUGACUUUGGUCUAUGGUUUGAUGACCUUGUCUCUGAAUGCGACGAGGGGUAUAUUCCAGAUCACGAUCGCCAGACAUGCAUUGCUUGUCCUACUGGGCACUACUUCCAUCAAUCUUCCGGGGAAUGUGUUGAGUGUGAAAGGGGCUUUUAUCAAGAUGAGCAAGCUCAAAGCCAAUGCAAACCAUGUGUGGAUGGCACUUUUACAAGGGAAUGGGGAGCAAGGAGUACUGCUGACUGUGAAGUCCAAUGCACACCAGGCUACUAUUCUCCAUCUGGUUUUGCUCCAUGCAUCCCGUGUGGAGAAGGUCAGUUCUUACCGAUGAGAGGUCACAGCGGUUGUUUCAAUUGUCCUCCUGGACUCUCGUCUCUACGUGGAUCAGCAUCUCCUUGGGACUGUAAAGAACCCUUUCCGCCUGGUCAGUAGGGCCUACUCAUGCAUCGGCAGGAUACAAGCCAUGCCUGCCUUGUCGCCCUGGCACCUACCAACCUCACACAGAGCAGAAGACUUGCGAGGCCUGUCAAAAACAAAGCAGUGAAAGUGUUGAAGGGGCCCGGUCAAUUAGUAAAUGCACAUUACAUGGUUGAAUAAAAAAGGAAAUUAUUUUAAAUUUGCCAGAAUUGCAAAAGGAGUAAAUUGAGAUUAAGAUCAUCUGAUAGUGGGGAGCUGAAUAUUGCUUUUACUGUGUAAGCCUGAGAUGACUUGGACUAGAAUCUAUGAAAAAUGAGUUUUAUACAAAAGUCAAAUCAGACUGAAGAAUUACAGUAGAGUUUAUGUUUGUUGUACACAUCGAAUCGUAUUGCUCACCUUUGAUGUUCGAUAAAAUGCAUUUAUAUCAUACAUACACAGGUUUCUUCAAUGAAUGAAAGCACAUUUUAUGUUCAAAGAGUAAAGGAAGAGGUUAUAAUUGUUUAGAUCAACUUUAGUUUUCUUCUUUUGAUAUUUAUAUGUCAAAUAAUUCUGACAAAAUAUUGGUCCAGCGCCUUGUGCUAUGUUUACUAACAGUAUUAGGAAAGUUAUUUGAUAAUUUACAUUACAAGAAAAUCUUAAAGAUAUGAAUGUAUUCAGAUGAUGCUUUAGUUCAUCUUUUUUCUUGAAAGCAUUGUUUAGCCCUUUGAGCUUUUGUUGAAUAAUUUUGUGUCGGCUUGCAGGAAAUCAUUAGUUCUACAUCAGCAAACAUGCUGUGAUUUGUAUAGAAUACAUAGGCAAGGAAAAUAACUUUGCAGAUGUUACCGCCUUACCGUGCAUAUUGCAUUUACCUUGUACAUGUAGUAACAAAAGAAAGAAAAUGUUGAGAACAGGUCUGAUUUAUUAUAAAUUUAGCUUACCGUACUCAGAUGCCAGUUAAAUGAAAACAAUACUGAAUUGAGUUUACAGUAGUAUUGCAUGUCUUGUUUUUGUAUUGCUUGUACACAUAUGGAAGUAUCCAUAUCUUGUUCAAAGCAGGGUUUGGUUAUUACCCCGUUUUUUCAUUUACAAGCACAUUCAUGUAUAUGACUGUAUUAGUGUUUUGCAUUUUCUUAAAUGUAAUGCACAAAUAUUAGAUGGAUGAAGGUGUGUUUGCGAUAUAAUUAUUCUGUUUUGCAGGUCAAAUGAAGAAGAAGAAAGAAUGCAUAUUAAUGUAAAUUCAUAUAUUUUCAUGUCAUCAGCAAUUUAUCUUUGAAUAACAAAUAAUCUUGGUCAAUAAAUCAAAAGGAAAGCAAUUA